AUGUCAAACGCUAAAAAACAACAAAAUCCAGGGAUUGAAAUCACACUUAAAACUAUAAAUAACUUAAAAGUAAAUUCACCACCAUUAUUUACAGAAGUAAUUAAAGCAGCAAAUAAAUAUCAACAACAAGCACAAGCACUUUCACAAGCAGGAUUAGUUUUAGCAGAUACACUUACAAGAUUAACAAUUCAUAAUGGAGGUGAUUUUGGUGAAGGUUUCAAAAAAUUAGCAGAUGCAAUUAAAGAUUUGGAAAAUAGAAGAGAUGACGUUGCAAAAGUUUUAUUAAAUGAAUUCAUUACUCCAAAUAAACAGGCUAUUGAAGAUGAUCAAAAAGCAAUUGCUACUUUUGAAAAAAAUUAUAAAAAAGAUAGAGAUCAAAUGAGACAAGAUAUUCUCAAAUUAGAAGCUAAAACCAGAAAAGCUGGUAAAAAGACUACUCCAGAAGUUUUAAAACAACAAAUUACAGAGUUAAAUGAUAAAAUCAAAGAAUCUGAACAAUUAAAUGCCAACAAACUUAGAGAUGUAGUAUUAAUGGAAAGAAGAAAGCAUGCAACAUUUUUAUCACAAUUUAAUCAAUUUUUAGAAAAAGAAAUUGAAUUAUCAGCUGAUACAAUGUCAAAAUUCUCAACAAAUUUAAAUACACAUAGAGAUUUAAUUAAUAGUCAAUCACAAUUACCACUUGAAAUGGAAUCAAUGAUUAGUAAACAAGAGAGAACAUUAGUACAAAUUCAACCACAAGGUGACACAGGAUCAGAUGCAUAUCGUAUUUCAUAUGCACCAGGAACAAUUCAAACUACUGGUGGUGGUGAUCAAUAUUAUGAAUCUUAUGAAUCCUAUGAUAAUUAUGAUAAUUAUGAUAAUUAUGAUGAUGGUGGUAGUGGUGGUCUUGGUGGUAGUGAAUUACAAGCUAGAGCAUUAUACGAUUAUGAAAGUGCCGAACCUUCUGAUUUAAAUUUGAAAGCUGGUGAUAUCAUCUCUGUAAUUCAACAAGAUGAUGGUUCUGGUUGGACUAAAGGUAGAAAUUAUGAAGGAAAUGAAGGUAUUUUCCCUUCAACUUAUAUUGAAUACGUAUAA